CGUGAAGUGCCACCACUACCAUACUCGACCUGUUCAGGUGAAGGAUCAGUCUCAGUGGGGGAAGCAGCUGCUGGAGAGAAGAUGGAGAUGACGCAUGCUGGGGUUCUGUUGCUGCUCUUUUGUUCUGCCUAUAGUUACCAGUUUAGUAGUGGAACCCGUCGCGGUCUGCGUGUGCGAGACCCUGAAGCUGAAUGGGACAGACUGGCGACAAUAAUGGGUGAAGAGACGAAAGUGGCUUCGGUACCCAGUAUCUGGAAGAGUUCCACAGGCCCUGGAUCCUUAAAAGCCAACAAAGACAACUUCCCUCAGUUCAAGCUCAUCUCCAUGUCCAAGUACCCGAAAGACGCUUUCAAGCCAGAAAAGGGUGUCAGACCCCUUCCUGGAUUUGCCGCGGAAAUCUUAGUGGUUCCCUCUACUACCGGAACAGCAGCCACAUCACCAGCCAGAAAAGCUGCGGUCGAAAUCCUUUGUCACCUUGACAGAAUUUAUGUGAGAGUUCUGCGUGAGGGAUUUAAGAGUGUGAAUGCUUACAAAGAUCUGUAUGUAGGUUCCUGUCCUGUUAACCAAGGCACCAAAGAACACUACUACUUCCUGUACCGUCUGACAACUGACUGUAAAUUCAAAAAAGAGAGUCUGCCAGAUUAUCUGUCCUACAGCAAUGUGCUCAGCUACAACCCAUCUGGUCAAAUCUUAAGGAAAUUGCCGUUUGUUGUCCCUGUGCAGUGUAAAUAUCAUAGGCUUUUUCACUCCUACAAAGUUGGUUUUUAUCCCAAACUACAAGGAGGCACAGUUUUCAAAGCACUCACACCAAAACAAAGUGUUGUCCUUGAGGCACAAGAUGCAUCAGGAAAUGAACUUACUGGCAGCAAAACUUACACCUUGGGUCAGCCAAUGUUCUUUGAAGCAAAGAAGGCCAAUGACGCUGGAACCUCUGGUGCUCAGCGGAUGUACAUCAACAAGUGCUUCAUGACUGCCGACCAAUCCCCCAACUCUAACCCCAAAUAUACCAUCAUUGAAAACCAAGGCUGUAUGAUUGACAGCAAGCUUGCGUCGCAGUCGAAGUUCCUCAGCGGCUCCUCAAAGAUGUCCCAGAAAUUCCAAGUGGUAUCCUUUGUCUUCAAGGACCAGGUUUCCACUUCCUCCAUGUCGCAGCAACUCUACAUGCACUGUGAUGUCACACUGGGGCCAUUGACUCCAUCUCCAAGUUCUAAGGCUUGCAAUUAUGAUUCAGCAACCAAGAAGUGGAAGGAGCUUUAUGGUGAUGACUCUGUGUGCACCUGCUGUGAGACUAAUUGCCCCUCACCACUGCCCAAGGUUUCCAAGAAGACUAUCUCCAGUGCCUCUUGGAAGGUCAACUUGGGUGACCAGGAUGGCGAUGUGAACGUUGAACCUCGGAUGAGAUUGACUGAUGCUGACUCAUUCAGUUUGGAGGACUCUGACAUGGCAGACUUCCUCAACUACUGGGAGGAUGAUUACUAAAAUUUGUGUGGAUAUGUUAACUUUUAAAAAAAUAAAUUGCUUUCUCUUGUACUUGA